AUGAGAAAAUACAUCAAAGUAAAAACUGUGGUGAACUCGUAAAUGCAUUUUAUUUUUCGUAAAAAGGCAUUUACCAGCUGGUUAUUUUACAAGCAUUUGCGAGGAUUUGAACUCGGGACUAACAAGAACAAAUCCAGCUGGCGGUCAGGACAGGACUUGACCUCGGGCCUCUGAAAUACAAGUCCAACGCUCAACUGCCCGACCACUACUAUUGCAAAUAAGCGUUCAGUGAAAAACGAGUGAAAAAUAACACAAUAUUAUGCAAAACAAUGAUUUUAAUUUAAAUUUGCAGCCAAAGCACAAAACAUAAGGGGAUAAUCUUGAUCAAGAAAAGAUGACAAACAGAAAAAUACACCUUGAGGUGUGAUAAUCGACUUGUGACUCUUUCUCGUUGACAGUAAAAAUUAAGACUGUCAGUUGAGAAAUAGCAUCACUGUUUUUAAAUUUAUCAACCACUUUAGGCAUAAUCAGCUGGAUUUUCAGCGUAAAACGGCUUUGAAGACGACUAUUUGAAGCACAUUGUAUCCAUUAAUCAAAUCAUUGCUAGAACCCCUCUAGAGAUCACACAAUGAAGUUUCAGUAACUUAGGGUAUAAAUAAUCACGUUAAUGUCCCAAAUUUAACUGUUCUAGCAGUCCUUAAGAUUAAGAUACGCGUAGUGUACAAUGUAUAGCAUUGAAAGCAAGUCUUUACGUUUCCACCGUGGACGUGGCAGUGAAUUUUAUCCCUGCUGAAGAUUGUUUGAAAACUUUUUUUAUCUCAAACGAUUCGUUAACGCCUCUUGUGUAUUUUUCAUACCAGUGAAAUACUGACAGCAGCGAAAACAGUGACAAGAGUAAAAACAGCGACAACAGCGACCAGAACAACAACCGAACAACCGUGACAACCAUGACAGCAGUGACAACGGCUAUAAUAGUGAGAACAGCGACAACAGUGAGAACAGCGACAAGAGCGACAACAGUGACAGUGACAACAGCGACAUAAGUAAAACCAAUUAAAACAGUGACAACAGUGAAAACAGCGAAAACAAAGACAACAGUGACAACGGUGACAACGGCGACAACAGCAACAACAGCGACAAAAGUGACAACGACAAUAACAAUGGUGACAACAGCAACAAGAGUGACAAUGGUGACAACAGCGACAACAGUGAAAACAGUGACAAUGGUGACAACAGCGACAGCAGUGUCAACGGUAAAAACAGCGACAACAAAAACAAUAGUGACAAUGGUGACAACAUCGACAACGAUGACAAAAUUGCCAACAGCAGCAACAGCAACAACGAUGCACACCGCAACAACAAUGACAACAAUGACAACAGGGAACACAACAACAACGCGGACAACGGUGACAACAGCAACAACAGUGACAACGGUGACAAUGGUGACAACAGUAAAAACAGUGACAACCGACAACAACAGUGAAAAAAGUGCCAACAGCGACAACGGUGACAACAGUGACAACGGUGACAACGGUGACAACAAUGACUAGAGGGACAACAGUGACAACAAUGACAAGAGCGACAACAGCGACAACAGUAACAACGGUGACAACAGCAACAACAGUGAUAACUGUGACAACAGUGACAACAGUGACAACAGCCACAACGGUGACAACAGCUACAAAAGUGACAACGGUGACAACGGUGACAACGGCAAAAACGGUGACAACGGCGACAACGGUGAAAACAGUGACAACUGCGACAACAAUGACAACAGCGACAACGGUGACAUCAGCGACAACAGUGACAACGUUGACAACAGCGACAACGGUGAAAACAAUGACAACAGUGACAAUGGUGACAACAGGGAAAACAGUAAUAACGGUAACAACGGUGACAACAGUGACAACAGCGACAACGGUGACAACAGUGACAACAGUGACAACAGUGACAACGGUGACAACAGUGAAAACGGAAAC